GAAAUGAAUAUUUAUAUAUUUAUAUUAUUUAUAUUAUUCUUAUUCCUUAAACCAAAUAUUUGUCAUACUUCUUAGGACAGGUUAUCUUUUGCUUUAUGUUGUAAAAUUCUCUAUUAAUAUUAAAAAUUUAUAAUAUUCAUAACAUAAUUCCAAUCUAUUUAUUUUCAGUGUUGACAGUGAAUUAGAAAUAUAAUUUAUCUAUUACAAUUUAUCUAUUACAAUUCAAUGCUACAUUCAGAAACACGUGUAUGAAAUCUGUAUAUAUUAACAGAUAAAAUGGCAUCCAGAUCUAAUAACUAUAUUGUUUGGAUUGAUAUGGAGAUGACUGGACUUGAAGUAGAUAAAGACCAUAUAUUAGAAAUUGCCUGUAUCGUAACAGAUGAAAAAUUAAAUAUUAUUAGUGAAGAAUUAAAUAUCGUGAUACAUCAAUCAGAUAUAAUAUUAGAAAAUAUGAAUGCAUGGUGUAAAGAAAAUCAUAAGAAGACAGGGUUAAUUGAGAAAUCUCGCUCGAGUACAAUAACAAUCGAAGAGGCUGAGAAUAUAGUGCUGAAUUUUUUAAAAAAGUAUACUGAAAAAGAUUCAUGUCCUUUGGCUGGAAAUACAGUCUAUAUGGAUCGUCUCUUUUUAUAUAAAUAUAUGCCAUCAGUUAACAAUUACUUGCACUACAGAAUUAUCGACGUUAGUACAGUCAAGGAACUUGUUAAGCGGUGGAAUCCAGAUGUGUAUAAAUCAAUACCAAGAAAACGAUUGAGACAUAGGGCUUUAGAUGAUAUAAGAGAGAGUAUUGAUGAACUGAAAUAUUAUAAAAGACAUAUAUUUGGGUUAUAAUUAUAUAAAUUUAAUUUUAUAAUUG